CUCGCUGUGGGUAACGGGGUGCCGGGGGGUGCCAGGGUCCCCCCAAGGGCUCGCUGUGGGUAACGGGGUCCUGGGGCCCCCCAGGCGCCCGCUGUGGGUGCGGGGGGGUCGUGCCCCUCCCAGUGCGGGGUCCGCGAUGGCGCUGGACGAGGAGCUGCCGGGCCUCGAUGUCCUGCUGCUGGAGGAGGAGUCCGCCCUGGCUGUGAGCGGGGUCACCCCCGAGGAGCUGCGAGCCUACCCCGGGCUGGCCCGGCUGCUCGAGGAGCUGGGCUGUGCCCCCUCGGGAGGGGAGCUGCGGCAGGCCGCCUGGGAGCUGGCGCAGCAGCGCGAGGCCUGGCUGCGCUGGGAGAGCCUCUGGCGGGGGCUGCGGGAGCUGCUGUUGGAGACCCCCACCCACGAGACCCCCGCCCUGGAGCCCGCCGUGCGGCGGGCGCUGGAGCGGAGCCUGCUGCUGGCUGAGCUGCGCCACAGGGCCCCCGCCCUGGCCUCGCUGCUGCCCCCCGCCGAGGACCCCUCCCUGCUCCGCGCCCGGGUGCUCCCGGUGCUGGAACGGCACCUGGCGCACAAGGUGCAGGAGGUGGCCAGGUACUACAGCGGGGGCACCGCCGCCCCCCAAAACCCCUCCCCGGCCCCCCAAGACCCCUCCUCGGCCCCCCAAGACCCCUCCUCGGCCCCCCCAGGCCCCCCCAAGGGGGUGGCGGAGGCGCUGGCGGACGAUCAGAGCCGCCUGCGCCGAGCCCGGAUCCGGAGCCGCCGCCUGGAGCAGCUGCUGGCGCAGCAGCGGGGCGCCUACUCCCAGGUUUUGGGGCGGUGCGCGGCGCUUUUGGGGCGCCUGGCCGGGGAGAGCUGCGCCGGAGCGCGGGCGGAGCUGGACGGGCAUCACGCCGAGUACCUGGAGGCGAAGGGCGUGGCCGUGCUGCUCAAAGUCCGGCUGGAGGAGCUGCGGCUGCUGCUGGACACGUACCCCCGCGAAAAAGUGGAGGCGCACCGCCUCAUCAGGGCAGGGCUGGAGGCGGGGCUGGAGCGCGCGGCCGCGGAGGCGUCGCAGGCGCGGGCGGCGCUGGAGGCGUUCGAGGCGCUGGGCCCCACCUUCGCGGCGAUGGCGGCCGAGUACGGGCGGCUGCAGGAGCGGCUGCGGCACCGGCGGUGGGCCCUGCGGCAGCUCCGCGCCCCCGCGCCCGGCCCCGCCCCCCGCCCCGAGACCCCGCCCCCCGGCCCCGCCCCCCGGCCCCAGUCACCACCCCCUGAAUAAACGGCUUCCCCCCCACUGACCCCCUC